AUUAAUGGGAUGGUUGAUUGUGGUGAAGGACAUACGCACAUCUAUGAAAGAACCAUGCUUCUUGUAGGGCAAGUUAAAGUGGGCAAGCGUUUCCCGCUUGUUACUUGUCUCCUGGAGGGUUAUGAGGGAAGUGGUAAAACAGCAAUGACAGCAACCAUCAGUAUCGAUAGUGAUUUUCCAUAUGUUAAAAUUGUCUCAGCUGAGUCGAUGCUUGAUCUAAGCGAGAGCAGUAAAUGUGCAAAAAUUAUCAAGGUUUUUGAGGAUGCGUACAAGUCUCAGUUGAGCAUCGUUAUUCUUGAUGACAUUGAAAGGUUGCUCUCCGCUGAAGCGUUAAACGGGAUGCCAUUAAAACAAUUAUAUGCGGUGGUGGAUAAGGCUGCUGUCAGAGAAAAGGGAAGAAAUUUAGAAGCUAUUUAUUCAGGAAAAGAGAAGAUCAAUAUAAAUAACUUCUUUGAUACAUUGAGUGAUUAUGCAUCCUUUCUCUGAUAUUUUUUUCUUCACUUCCUCACUCAUUUUUGAGUGAUUAUGUAAGAGCUUAAAUUUGGUGGUGGAAAGGGCUGUUGCUGGAGAUUUCUGCAUAUUACUAUGCUUUGAAUAUUUUGAAAAAAAAAACUGCAUUACUAUGCGUUGAACAUUUUGAAAA